CCGCCUUUUAGGAGGAGCUACAAAAUGGUCGUCAAUAUGUAACUUUUGCUGGAACUUUUGUGAGCAAUAUCUCUUUUAGAAGACAAUGGACUAUUUAUUGAAAAGAAACAUCAGCUGUACUCGAAGUACAAAAUUAAUUAUUAUUUUUUUAUCGUCAUUUUUAUUUCUAAUCUUUAUCUGGCAUUGGAUGGGAAGUGGUUUCAUCAGUAGACCUGACAAUGAUGAUCUACCGAUUUCCAGAUCAGACUCGAUUUAUGAACUAGAUUCCAUCAAAGACUUGUCGUUUUUAAAAUGGAAAAGCGAAUGUCUUUUCUUCACUUGUUUUGAGAUAAAUUCCUGUCGUUACGGGAAAGAAAAUGAAGAGAUGAUUAGAGUAUACGUCUAUCCUUUUUCCGAGACUCUUGCUAGCAUGCCACACCUCCAGACAUACCCUUCUUUAUUGGAUCACAGCGAUGAGUACAUUCAGAUUUUGGAGACAAUAAGAAGCAGUCGCUAUUACGAGCCACUCCCAGAAGAGGCGUGUGUGUUUGUUCCACCUUUUGAUACUCUUAAUGGACGUCUAAUUAAUAACAGACUCACUUCAUAUCUAUUGAAUAAUUUAAAGCUUUGGAAUAAUGGUUCAAAUCACCUCAUAUUCUCAAUGUUGCCAUGGCAGAAGUCUCACCCAAACACUACUGUCCCUGUCUAUAACUAUGGCAAGGUGUUACUGAUGGGUGGAGCUUUUACUGUCUCUAAUUACAGGCCUGGCUAUGAUAUAUCUAUUCCUGUUUUUAAUCCUCUCACCAUUAAAUACGAUUAUCAUCAGUAUCACAAUAUCAAAUCCCGUCAGUUGUUGUUAGUUAUUUUGGUACAGUCCGGGGCCGACCCUCACACUGUUAACCAUAUAAGGAUAUCAUUGCACCAGGAGCUAAUUAAAGGAGGCGUGGUCAUGCUCGGAUCAUGUGAUCUCUGUUCACACUGCAUCAAUGAAAGAUGUGACUUUCAUGCUAACAAGAAAUUACCCUAUCCCGAUAUUUUACAGGAUUCUAAAUAUUGCAUGAUUGUUAGUGAUGGCACUGGACGUGGUACUCCUGACCUGAUGGAUGUACUAAUGAUGGGGUGUGUCCCUGUUAUUAUUCGUAAUUACGAGCUCGUCCUCCCGUUUUCCGAAGUCAUCGACUGGCAGAGAUUUGCUGUAUUUGUGUGGCUCGAACAGCUGUUCCAAUUAAUGCCCAUCCUUGGUUCGUCUCGUAAUGGACUAAUUUUAAAACAAAAACAAGUGUUACAUGUAUACUCUCGUUAUUUUCGCUCGAUCCCCGCCAUCACCAUGACGACACUUGACAUACUUAACGAUCGUGUGUUUCCAAUUAAUGCCCAAUCAUAUGAGGAUUGGAAUGGACAUGACGACAAUCAAAUUUGGAAUGUAAAGCAUUCUCAUAUCAAGCUACCCUCCACUAAAAAAGAGGAAGGAUUUACAGCAGUCAUACUGGCCUAUGAUAGGAUUGAUAAACUGUUUCAAACAGUUCAAAGUGUUGCACAAGCACCUAGCCUAGCAAAGUUCGUUAUCGUUUGGAACCAUGCUUAUAAAUCGCCCCCGCCAUUAUCUGACUGGCCGUUUGUUAAUAAACCAAUCAAAAUAAUAAGAACAAAGAAUAAUAAACUAAGUAACAGAUUCUAUCCAUAUUCUGAUAUUACUACUGCUGGCAUUCUCUCACUGGAUGAUGAUAUUAACAUGAUGUCUUCGGAUGAAAUAGAGUUUGGUUUUCAAACGUGGCUAGAGUAUCCUGAUAGACUUGUUGGCUAUCCUGGUCGAGUCCACAGAUAUAACCAUAAAUCUGCUAAUUGGGUCUAUGACAGCGAAUGGACUAAUAAUGUGUCUAUAGUAUUGACUGGAGCUGCUUUCUAUCAUAAAUAUUACCAUUACCAUUAUACCUACCUGAUGCCCAAGGCAAUAAGAACUUGGGUCGACGUUCAUUUUAACUGUGAAGAUAUCAUGUUUAAUUUCAUGAUAUCUAAUAUCACUGGACUACCACCUCUUAAGGUCACUCCGCGUAAAAGAUUUAAAUGUAAAAACUGUAAUACGGAAGGCCUGGUUGGGGAUUCUGCUCACUACAUAAAGAGGACAGAGUGCAUUAACCUUUUUGCGAAGCAGUUUGGUGACACGUUUCCUCUGAAAAGCAUCAAGUAUCGUCUUGAUCCAGUGCUGUACAAGGUGGAGUCAAAGAGGGAGAAAGCUUUUCCUAAAGUUGGUGAACUUUGACCCUCUUCUUAACUCCCCCUCUCUCUAUCUCUCUUUUUCUCUCUCCCUUUCUCUCUUUUUUCAUUCAUGUAUCACCAAUCACAAUCAUUUUAUAAUGUUUUGCUUUUAAUUUAUCAAAUAAAGGAACAACAGUA